AUGCUUCAGCAACACCUCCAGGAUUAUCUAGACGCAAUUCCCCUCGAUAAUACAGAUGAAACUGCACUCGAGAGGGCUGCUACUGAUCUAAUUACGCGCACCAAACCGCUUUCAAGCAAGGACACCCUCCGGUCGAGAUGGGAGCUUGCUCUGCGCACAGAAGAGCAAGAACAAGAGCAGAUUCAAACGGACGAGAGGCGCUACUACUCGCGUGUGUUUAACCUCUUGGAUCUAUCAAUGCUCAUGUCUGAAAAUGAGUGUGUCGAUCCACAACUCCCAUUCAACCUGGUGCGCGAGUUUUUCGAGUGUCUCUCCAUUGCAUCCUGUUCUCAGGUCUUUUCUUGGGUGGAAAGAAGAGGGAAAAGACUUUGCCUUGAUGCCAAUGGAGCCAAUCGUCAAGGACUACUGGUCCUGAGGACGCUGAACGAACUACUCCGAAGCUUAUCCAAGUCGACGGAAACCGAAUUCUGCGCUCGGAUCCUGCUAUUUAUGAGUGCGGUCUUUCCGCUCAGUGAGCGAAGUGGCGUCAAUCUGCGAGGAGAAUAUGGGCCACCUUGGGAAGGCCCACCACCGUAUCAAGAAGGCAAAGAGUUAAUACUCGAGGAAGCUAAGAAGGAGGAAACACGUCAGGGUGCACGACACGACGAUGCAGGUGCUACCGAGAUGGAUGAUACGGUCGAUCCAUCUGAAGAGGACAGAAAGUCCUUGCUCUACAAGACCUUUUGGUUCCUUCAAUAUCCGUUCUCCCGCCCUCCUGCGUUUGCAGAAGCCGAUAUGUUCAAAGCAUUCCAACAUGCUGUGAACAAAAUACUCCCAAUUCUCUCCGAGGCUACGAAGAAGGAGCGGAUGCUCGCAGGCAGUAAAACUCUCGCCGGAAGCAAACGCAAAAGAGAUGUCGAGAUGGAUGUGCAAAAGGUGUCGUACACGGUGCAAGAUGAGCACGCGGAUUAUGCUUUUGCCAAAUAUCUGUCGUCUCCAGAGCUUUUGGAGUUGGAGAUUGCGGACACCAACUUUCGUCGGCAAUUCCUGUUUCAGCUUCUUAUUCUGCUUCAGUACCUGCGAUCAUUUACGGAGCAGGAAAAGGCAAAGCAUCCGGAGGUCAAGAUGAGGCCGUUUAACGUCGAUUUUACUCUUCCUGAAUCCGAGGAAAAUUGGGUCAAAGAGGUCAAUAGCAGAGUCAUGCUAGAGCUACGCACGACUACACCAGACGGACGCGCCUUUGAGGAGAUAAUACGCAUCAUUCUCGAACGAGAAAGCAAUUGGGUCAAUUGGAAGAAUUCACAAUGCAAACCGUUCGAGAAGGAUGCUCUACCUAUCGAUUUUGAACUCGAGCUCCGUCGGCGACGACAAGAAUUGAUGAAACCACUAGAAGCUUGGCCCCAUUCUCAUGGAACGGAAUCCUUGAGUGAGAUUUGGACCAUGGGGUACCGCUCAUUAGAUGACUUGACGCUCUUCCCUCGACGACCGGAUCCGGGCAGUUUUGUUGGCCAAAUUCAAAGAGUCGACAAAGCGAUUGCAAUGCGUAAACAGACUAUCGAGCGCAUGGUGACGGCUCGAAUGGCCCAAAAGACAGCCGCGAAAGUAGAGGCAGUGUCGUCGACUCCUGCAACUCUGACGUCGUCACAUCCACUUCCUAUGAAACCUGGAUCGACUGCUGAAGCACCGAAAGCUGCGCAAAUAGUCGAUCCCCGGCAAAAGGAGACCCCACCACCAGAUCUGAAUGCCAUUUAUCAGAAGGACGAGAAGAUAAAGGACUUGGAACGGCAAAGACAAACCUAUACUUGGCUAGCACUACGGUCUGCAUCAAAGGAGCAUUUACAUCUCUUCAAUAAAAUUGCAGACGAAGACAUUGGAAAGCUUGUCACGCUCAUCAAAGAGCACGAGCAAUCGCUACUCUCCAAACCUGAAGGCGAGGCGGACGAUCCCGGCGAACCCGUCAAAAAGGAGACAUCCACGGAGGAGAACACUCAAGGAGACGUCGAGAUGCAGCCUUCUAAUACGACUCAGGAAGAGGCUCCAGCAUCACAACCCACAGAGAUUAAACAGGAUGUGGAGGCUAACACCAUGAGUAUCGAUGAAGUGACAAAGCCCACCCAGCAGGAAGGCGCUUCCAUGGAAGUCGACAGUAAACCUGAUACUUAA